AUGCCGCUGCCCGCCACAACCCGAGCACUCGUCAUCCGCGAAAACGCGCCAUAUCAUGACGCGGUUGUAGAGCGGCAGCCCCUGCGCGCGCUCAGGCCCGGCGAGGUUCUGGUCAAGAUUGGUGCAGCGGCGCUGAAUCACCGUGAUGUCUGGAUUCGGAAAGGCCUGUACCCCAAGAUUGCCUUCGGGAGCACGUUCGGUUCAGAUGGCGCUGGCACCGUCGUCGCCGCCGCGGACCCGCAUGACGCUCUUUUGGGCCAGCGCGUCUUCCUCACGCCCAUGCGCGGCUGGGAGAAGUCGCCAGCCGCACCGGAAUCUGCCUUUGGCACUGUCGGCGGCACAGCUUACCCACCACUCGGCACCUUCGCUGAACACGUCAUCGUCGAGCGGACCGAAGUCAUCCGCACCCCCGUUCACCUUACAGACGUGCAAGCCGCCGCAUGGCCACUCGCGGGCCUCACAGCUUGGCGUGCACUCUCCCUCGGCGGCGUCCAGGCCGGCUCUACCGUGCUCAUUACCGGAAUUGGUGGGGGCGUUGCCCUCCUGGCCCUCCAGCUUUCCCUCGCACUCGGCGCACGUGUGUACGUCACCUCCUCCUCGCCCGCCAAAAUCACGCGCGCCGCGGCUCUCGGCGCAUCCGGCGGCGUGCUGUACACCGCGCCCAAGUGGGCCGCGGAGCUCGGCAAGCUGCUCGCCCGGGACGGCGUGACCGGCGGGGUCACCGUGGUGAUUGACGGCGCGGGGAGCGAGAUUAUGCAGGCUGUGAGCCCUGUCCUCGCGCAGGGCGGGCGCGUGGUGUGUUAUGGUAUGACGGAUAUGAAGACGCCGCGGAUCACAAUGACGAUGCGCGAGGUCAUGCGCAACCAGCAGCUCAUUGGCUCGACGAUGGGCUCGAAAGCGGAGCUUAUUGCCGCCACUAGGCUGCUUGAGCAGAAGAAAAUCGUGCCAGUUGUGGCAGCUGUUGUGGAGGGGCUAGAGAAUGCCGAGCAGGGCUUUGUUAUGAUGGAGAAGGGUUCACAGUUUGGCAAGAUUGUGGUCACUAUCGGGGACAAAGAUCAAACUGCAGCAGAGGCAAAACUGUAG